AUGGAUUCCUCACGCUCCUCAGUGGCAUCGGAUGAAACUGGCGGCAGUCAGGAUAAUCUGCAAUCUGACAACAUGCCCCAGCUGAAAACACUCAUCUCAUACCUGGUGGCCGCUAAACGAUCGCUUUCCUCUAUCAAUCAUGUGUGGCGGGCCAACGAAAUUGUUACUGCAGCUCGCGUUGCCCUCGAGGAAAGCGUGACUAUUUCAUCCAGAACUGGUUUUCUGCGUCGAGGUCUGAAUAGUCAGCUUCGGCUUCUUUAUAAUGUUCGGACAGAAGUAGAGCACAUCUCGCAUCGGGGACGGCAGGACUUUGCCGAUGCUCUCAAGAGCCUCGAUGCCGCUGAUGCUCAACUGAAAUCCACACUCGGAACGUUAAAAAGCACCAUUGUCCACGCAUCAUUCCGUGCCGAGGAGCAAGAGCCCAAAUCGCUGCGUGAUUUUGUUGAUGAGCGUGGUGUAGAGAAGCUCCACACCGCUAUGAAGCAGUCAAUUGAUCGGACCAACGGGGCCCGAGUUGAGCUUGACACCUCAAAUAAGCGAUUUGAUGACGAGCUUCAGUCGAUCAAACAGGCUCUGCGGAACUAUCGGUCAGCUACUCGGUUAGCCUCGUCCCGAGCAUCAGCUUCAUCAUCUACCUCAUCGAAUUCUGACUCGGGUCUUCUCGCUCUCUCAAACAUGCCCAGCCUGCUUCAAUCGCUCGAAGCCCACGCACAGGAGAUGGCGGUUCUGCUCGAGGCUCUCGUUCGACAUUUCGACCUCUGUGUUACUGCGGUGAAACACACGGAGGGUGGCGGGGCAGCAGCUCGAUCCAUUACCCAAGACGUGCCUGCUCAAGUGCAAGGCACCAGCGAUGCCAUGCCGCACAUUGGUGAGGAGAUUCACGCGAACUUAAAUGCUCCUUUAGAUCCUAUGACAGACGCAGAGUAUGUGGAAAUGGUGAGUGUCCUCAUGAAGGAUGCUCUUGAAGCUGAGGAUGUCGUCGCGGAGAUCCAAGAUCGCAUUCUGGAGAUGGAAUCAAUUCAUGAGCGAAUCAGCGCCCAACGCGGCGCGCUCGAAGCUGUCUCCAACGCCACUCUGGAAAUUCAUCAACAUCUCUCUACCUUGGCCAUAACGCGUCUCCCGCAGUACAUAUCGCAAGCACACAACUUCACCAAUGUGUGGAACGAAGAGCACGAUCGGAUCAAAUCUGGUCUGACAGAACUUUCGAACCUUCAUUCACUAUAUGAAGGAUUCCUCGACGCAUAUGACAGUCUGAUACUCGAAGUACAUCGCCGCAGCCAAAUUCGCUCGCGGGUGGAGAAGGUGCUGCGUGACACGAGAAAUAAACUGAAUCACCUGUAUGAAGAAGAUGUUGCGGCUCGAGAAGCGUUUCGUGUUGAGCAAGGAGACUUCCUUCCUUCCGACAUCUGGCCUGGCAUCACUCACGCACCCAUGCAGGUUCAAUUCUUGCGCCUCGCAGGUGGACAGCUUGAGCGUGUCCUUGAAAACGCCCAGGAUGGAGAGCCAAGCGACAGUACUCCCAGUGCGGCCAAAAGUAUCAAUACUGGCUUUGGCGAGGGAGAAAUUAUACCAAGCUUACCCAAAGACGUUGUGGAACAAGCUUACCUGAACCUCAAGGAGCGCACCAAGGCCUUCGAAUAG